UUCAUUCUUGUCUUCUCUUAGUCUCAAGGGUCCCUUCCCCUCGACUUGUCCCGUUUGGCGUGAGAGCGCGGCUGAAAACCUUGUGCCUCCUGCCCACUCCCCCCUCCCGCCCCCGGCCCCUCGCCAAGAAGGGGCGGGAAGCGGACGAAGCCGGGCUCGUGGGCGCGCACGCGUGGAGAGCGGUCUUUAAGAGGGCUCGGUCGGUUUUUGUCUGGUUUAGCCAUUCCUCACUAAAUCGUGCUUGGGCCUUUAUUGCAGCCCAUUUCCCAGGGCCUUCUGAGUGCAGGAUUUAAAGUUGUUUGCCAGGCAGACAUUUUAACUCCGGACAGCCAUAACUCGUGAGUGUGGUAUAUAUUGUGUGUUGUGGCGUCUUACAAGUGAUGUAAGCAAACUCUCAUCACUUAACCCUGAUUUUUACUGAUGUCAUUCUGCAUUUAUCUACACGUUGAAGACAGGCACCUGUAUGACAUGCUGAGGAAAUGUGAAUACCAAAAAUUGAUCUUAUUUGAGAAUGGAAAGAAAAGGUACCUUGUUGUCCUUAACUGAUUUUCCUGGAUGGUACUCUUUUCAGGAGUGUUUGAUUUCCCUCUCAGCAAAUAUGGAGGAGGACUGAUUCCUGAUAUUCUCACACAUUCUAUGCUGUGAUGUCAAGAUGCCUAAAGGCAGACUGGUUAAAGUACUGAGGUGAAAGUUCUUAGGAGAAGAGACAUUGACCUGGGAGUUAGGGAAGAAGAGUGUGGACAGAGGUGUAAACAUUUUAAGAAACCAGAGGACACAGUGGGGUGGAGGAGCUACUGUACUAAUACUAGAAUGAAACAGUUGCCUGCAGCAACAGUGCGCCUCCUUUCAAGUUCUCAAAUAAUCACUUCAGUGGUCAGUGUGGUAAAGGAGCUCAUUGAAAACUCCUUGGAUGCAGGUGCCACGAGCAUAGAUGUUAAACUGGAGAACUAUGGAUUUGAUAAAAUUGAGGUGCGAGACAAUGGUGAGGGUAUCAAAGCCGUUGAUACACCUGUAAUGGCAAUAAAAUACUAUACUUCAAAAAUAGGUAGUCAUGAAGAUCUUGAAAAUUUGACAACUUAUGGUUUUCGUGGAGAAGCCUUGGGAUCAAUUUGUUGUGUAGCUGAGUGUCUAUUGAAGUCCCUGCUUUUGCUUCUUUUGCAUAUAUACCCAGAAGUGGAAUUGCUGGAUUACAUGGUUUUAAUUACUACAAGGACAGCUUCUGAUAAUUUUAGCACCCAGUAUGUUUUGGAUGGCAACGGCCACAUAAUUUCUCAGAAACCUUCACAUCUUGGUCAAGGUACAACUGUAACUGCUUUAAGACUGUUUAAGAAUCUACCUGUAAGAAAGCAGUUCUACUCAACUGCUAAAAAAUGUAAAGAUGAAAUAAAAAAGGUCCAGGAUCUCCUCAUAAGCUAUGGUAUACUUAAACCUGACUUAAGGAUUGUUUUUAUACAUAACAAGGCAGUUAUUUGGCAGAAAACUAGAGUAUCUGAUCAUAAGAUGGCUCUGAUGUCUGUUCUGGGGACUGCCGUUAUGGGCAACAUGGAGUCCUUUCAAUACCACUCUGAAGAAUCUCAGAUUUAUCUAAGUGGAUUUCUUCCAAAGCGCGAUGCAGACCACUCUUUAACAAGUCUUUCAACCCCAGAAAGGAGUUUUAUCUUUAUAAACAGUAGACCAGUACAUCAAAAAGACAUAUUAAAGCUAAUCCGACAAUAUUACACUCUGAAGUGCCUAAAGGAAUCUACUCGUUUGUAUCCCAUUUUUUUCCUGAAAAUUGAUGUUCCUACAGCUGAUGUGGACGUAAAUUUAACACCAGAUAAAAGUCAAGUAUUAUUACAGAAUAAGGAAUCUGUUUUAAUUGCUCUUGAAAAUCUGAUGACGACUUGUUAUGGAUCACUACCUAGUACAAAUUCUUAUGAAAAUAAUAAAACAGAUGUUUCCUCAGCUGACAUGGUUGUUAAUAAUACAACAGAAACAGAUGUGCUUUUUAAUAAGAUGGAAUCAUCUGGAAAUAAUUAUGCAAACGUUGAUACUUCAGUCAUUCCUUUCCAAAAUGAUGUGCAUGAUGACAGAUCUGGGAAGAACACUAAUUAUUGUUUAAAUCCUCAGAUACAUGUUGAUGACCAUUAUGAUGAACGUUUUAAUAGUGAAAAUUCUAACAUUGAUAAAAACACUAGAAAUACAUUUCAAGAGAUCCCAAUGAAUAAUUUACCAUGUGAGGAUGCCCAGAAGGAAUGUAGUGAAACUUGUUUCGUAGGUUCUGUUAAGCAUACCCAAUCAGAAAAUGGCAAUAAAAGCAAUGGAGAUGAGGGUGGGAAAAGUGAGGAAGCAGCAGUUCCUGAGAAGUCUUUGGAAAUCUGUGCAGAUGACUGGAGCAAGGGAAAUACACUUAAAAAUUCAAUGGGAGAAAACAUUGAACCUGUGAAAAUUUUAGUGCCUCAAGAAAGUUCAGCAUGUAAACUAAAUAAUAACGCUUAUCCAAGCCCUGAACAAAAGAAUCUCAGUGAAGGUUCCUGUAACAAAAAAUCAAAUGUGGUAGAUAACAAAUCUGGACAGCUUACAGCAUAUGAUUUAAUUAGUAAUCGGGUAAUCAAGAAACCCAUGUCAGCGAGCGCCCUUUUUAUUCAAGAUCAUCGUGCUCAGUUUCUCACAGAAAAUUCUAAGACCAGUGUGGAGGAUACAACAGUACAAAUUGAAGAACUGUGGAAGACAUUGAGUGAAGAGGAAAAACUGAAAUAUGAAGAGAAGGCUACUAAAGAUUUGGAACGAUAUAAUAGGCAAAUCAAGAGAGCCAGUGAACAAGAGUCACAAAUAUCAUUUAAGGAUGGCAGAAAAAAGAUAAAGCCCACUAGUGCAUGGAACUUGGCACAGAAGCACAAACUGAAAACUUCGUUAUCUAAUCAGCCAAAACUUGAUGAGCUCUUUCAGUCCCAAAUUGAGAAAAAGAACCAAAACGUUAAAAUAGUUCAGAUACCCUUUUCUAUGGAAAACUUAAAAAAAAAUGUUGAGAAAUGUAAAUUUGACUUAGAAGAGAAGGAAGAACUUUGCUUGCUCCACAAUCUCAAGUUUCCUGAUGCGUGGCUAAUUACAUCCAAAACAGAGGUAAUGUUAUUAAAUCCUUACAGAGUGGAAGAAGCUCUCCUAUUUAAAAGACUUAUUGAGAAUCAUAAACUUCCUGCAGAGCCACUGGAAAAGCCAAUUAUAUUAACAGAGAGUCUUUUUAAUGGAUCUCAUUAUUUAGAGAUUUUAUGUAAAAUGACCACAGAUGAUCAGAGAUAUAGUGGAUCAACUUACCUGUCUGAUCCUCGUCUUACAGCAAAUGGUUUCAAGAUAAAAUGGAUACCAGGCGUUUCCAUUGCUGAAGACUACUUGGAAAUAGAAGAAAUGGCUAAUUGUCUCCCAUUCUAUGGAGUGAUGGACUUAAAAGAAAUUCUUAAUGCUAUAUUAAACAAAAAUGCAAAGGAAGUUUAUGAAUGUAGACCUCGCAAAGUCAUAAGUUAUUUAGAGGGAGAAGCAGUGCGUUUAUCUAGACAGUUGCCCAUGUACUUAUCCAAAGAGGACGUCCAAGACAUUAUCUACAGAAUGAAGGACCAAUUUGGAAAUGAAAUUAAAGGGUGUGUUCAUGGUCGCCCAUUUUUUCAUCAUUUAACCCAUCUUCCAGAAGCUACCUGAUUAAAUAUGUAUAAGAAAAUUUGUUACUAUUGAGAUUGAUUUCAUAAUAAAUAAUAGGAGUCAGUUUUUAAACCAUCUUUGUACUAUCAUGUGUUAAGUAUUUUAUAAGUGAAGCUUCACUGACUUGUAUAUUUAAAAAAUUUUUGAAAACUUAAACCAAUGUCAGCUAUUCAAUUUAUUCUCAAGAACCAGCCUUCAUUAUAAUUAUUGGUUGUAAACUGCAAACUGAAAAUACCUAGUAUUCUUGGGUGGUUGAUUUACUAAGGGCUGUGGAUUGAAUUGUGUCACCAAAAUUCAUAUGUUGAAGUCCUAACCCCCAUUGUGAUGGAAUUUGGAGAUGGGGCCUUUUCAGAGGUAAUUAGGUUUAGAUGAACUCAUGAGGAUAAGGGCCCUCAUGGUGUGAUUAGUGCCCUUGUAAAAAAAGACAUCAGAGCUUCCGUUCACUCUCUUUCCUUUUCUCCCACCAACCUCCAUGUGAGGAUACAAAGAGAAUGUGGCACUUUAUAAUCCAGGAAUAGAUUAGGAAUAAAAAAAAAAAAAUAGAUUAGGAAUAGUUUCUGGUUUCUCACCAGAAACCAAGCAUGCUGGCACCUU